AUUUGAAGUGACGUCAUCACAUUAUUGGUGGGGAUGAUUACACAAAUUUAAUAAUUUUGCGACAUUUAUGAAAAAAAUAUCAGUUAACAAAAAUGGCACGAAAGUGACCAUUAUUUUAUGGGAACAACUACCUGCUAAAUCUUCUCCGAUAAAUUCGGGAGAACUGGUGUGAGCCAUAAAUAUUUCUUACCAAAUGUAUAUAUAACAACUGUCCGUCCCGUUAUUGUCAAUAAAAUUUUAUAGGGUAAAAUGUGAAUUUCGUUGUAGUUUGAGCCUACCUACAAAUUCUGUCCUUGAAGGAUUUGGACCGCCUUCUUCGGUGAGGGCAGGCAAAAACGAUCCGCCCAUAGGCUCAAAACAUUUGCGUGCGAUUGUACUACCUUGCACUAGAUUGGGUAUUUUGUAUUUUUUAGAAAAUGCAGUCUUAUUUACAACUUUUGCUGUACUGCCUACUCUUCGUUUUUGCUACUGAAACGUCUCUCCAAGAAUUUAUGUCUGGUAACAACUUGUUCACGACAUCUUUGUACAAGGUAAAACUCAAGUAUCUCUUCCACAAUAAACUCAUUUUUCAGCAAAUCAUCGUCGAAGAACAUGCUAAUUUCCUGAAAAUGCAGACCUAUUUACAUCUUUUGCUGUACUGCCUAACUUUGGCUUUCGCCACUGAAACGUCUCUCCAAGAAUUUAUCUCUGGUAACAACUUGUUCACCACAUCUCUAUACAAGCAAAUCAUCGCCGAAGAACAUGGUAAUUUUCUGGUAAGUCCAUUAUCAGCCGAAAUCAUCCUCGCCUUAACCCAAUCAGGCGCCAAAGGUGCAACCGCUGAAGAAAUCAGAACAACCCUCCACCUCCCCAACUCUCAAGAAAAAAUAGAAUCUGCCAUUCAAACCCUCCAACCACUCUUGAACAAAACCGACCUCUACACCCUCCAAUCGGCCAAUAAAAUCUACAUCCAAAAUAAUUUCGAGAUAAAAGACGAAUUCAAAAAAUCGGCUACAGUUUUCGACUCGGAAUUAGAAAAUAUAGAUUUCGUGCAAAACAUUGCAGCCGCUAGUACCGUGAACGCUUGGGUGGAAAAUCGUACCAACCAUAAGAUCAAGAACUUGAUUCAAGAAGAUGAUUUGGGUGCCGACACCAGGGCGGUUUUAAUCAACGCACUGUAUUUUAAAGCAAACUGGUCAAGAUCUUUCAAAACUAGUACUACUAAACAAGGUUUCUAUACAGCAAAUGGAGACAAAGUUGAAGUUGACACCAUGUAUGACACCGCGAUUCAAAACUACUACGAAAGUCAAGAACUGGAUGCUAAAUUUUUGGAAAUAUUGUUCAAAGGGGGUGAGGUUGUUUUAACCGUGGUACUACCAAAGGAAAGAAAUGGUCUGUCCGUUCUUGAAGCCAAGUUGGAGAAGGUUUUCGAAGCUCCUGCUUACACCAGAGAACGCGUUGAUAUUAUUUUACCCAAAUUCAAGGUUGAAAGUACGACAGAUUUGAAAGCAAUCCUCGAGAAGUUGGGUGUUAACAAAGUUUUUGGUGGAGAAGCCGAUCUUAGUGGAAUUGCGGGCAAUAAGGGGGAUCUUGUCGUUGAUAAAGUACGACAGAAGAGUUUUAUUGAUGUUAAUGAAAGAGGAGUGGAGGCAACAGCCGCUACUAUCCUUAGUAUUGUUUUUAAAAGUGGGUCAUCUUUUCGUCACGUAGCACCGAAGGAGUUCAUAGCCGAUCACCCCUUCAUCUUCUAUAUUAAAUUGAAAGAAAUGGUGAUUUUCGCAGGAAGAGUUGUGGAUCCGAGACAUUCUGAUUUUCUGAAACAAGUCAGAAUGCAGUCUCAUUUAUAUAUUUCACCCUUUGGCGUACCCUUGACUUCCGCCACUGAAACUUCUCUCAAAGAGUUUAUCUCCGGUAACAACUUGUUCACGACAUCUCUAUACAAGCAAAUCAUCGUCGAAGAACAUGGUAAUUUUCUUGUAAGUCCUUUAUCAGUGGAGAUCAUCCUCGCAUUAACCCAAUCAGGAGCUAAAGAUGCAACCGCUGAAGAAAUCAGAACAGCUCUCCACCUCCCCAACUCCCAAGAAAAAAUAGAAGCUGCCAUUCAAACUCUCCAACCACUCUUGAAGAAAAACAAUCUCUACACCCUCCAAUCGGCCAAUAAAAUCUACAUCCAAAAUAAUUUCGAGAUAAAAGACGAAUUCAAAAAAUCGGCUACAGUUUUCGACUCUGAAUUAGAAAAUAUAGAUUUUGGGCAAAACAUUGCAGCCGCCAGUACCAUGAACGAUUGGGUGGAAAAUCGUACCAACCAUAAAAUCAAGAACUUGAUUAACGAAAAGGAUUUGGGUGGUCACACCAGAGCUGUUUUAAUCAACGCUUUGUAUUUCAAAGCGAACUGGUCGACCACUUUCGAAACUUUUAAGACUACGAAGGAAGAUUUCUAUAAAUCGGGUACAGAAAAAGUACGAGUGGACACCAUGCAUGAUACAUGGUACCGGAACUAUUAUGAAAGUCAAGAACUAGGUGCCAAAUUUAUAGAAAUACCGUUUAGGGGGAUUGAGGUUGUUUUUACCGUGAUACUACCGAACGAAAGGAACGGAUUGUCUGUUCUUGAAACUCAGUUGGAGAAGAUUUUCCCAGUCCCUUCUUACACCUGGGAGAAAGUUAGAUUAGCUUUACCCAAAUUCAAGAUUACAAGUACGAUAGAUUUGAAGACAAUCCUGCAGACGUUGGGUGUUAACAAGGUUUUUAAAGGUGAAGAAGCCGACCUAAGUGGAAUUGCCGGCAAUAAGGGAGAUCUUGUUGUCGAUCAAAUACAACAGAAGAGUUUUAUUGAUGUUAAUGAACGUGGAGUGGAAGCAACAGCUGCUACUUACAUUCGUUGUGUUCAACAUUGUGGUUCCCUUUCCCCUGAAGUACCACCGAAAGAGUUCAUAGCCGAUCAUCCCUUCAUCUUCUACAUUAAAGUGAAGGAUGUGGUGAUUUUCUCAGGAAGAGUUGUGGAUCCGAGUGAACGUAUAUCGACGAUAAGAAGUCAAGUUCAGGAUAAUCACUGUUUUUUUAAAAUUCAGUCUUAUUUUCAUCUUUUGCUCCACUGCAUACCUAUGACUUUCGCCACUGAAACUUCUCUCCGAGAGUCUAUCUCUGGUAACAAUUUGUUCACGACGUCUCUAUACAAGCAAAUCACCACCCACCACCAUGGUAAUUUUCUUGUAAGUCCUUUAUCAGUGGAGAUCAUCCUCGCAUUAACCCAAUCAGGAGCUAAAGAUGCAACCGCUGAAGAAAUCAGAACAGCUCUCCACCUCCCCAACUCCCAAGAAAAAAUAGAAGCUGCCAUUCAAACCCUCCAACCACUCUUGAAGAAAAACGAUCUCUACACCCUCCAAUCAGCGAAUAAAAUCUACAUCAAGAAUAAUUUCCAGAUAAGGGACGAAUUCAGAAAAUCGGCUACAGUUUUCCACUCGGAAUUAGAAAAUAUAGAUUUCGGGCAAAGCAAUGCCGCUGCUAGUACCAUGAACGAUUGGGUGGAAAAUCGUACCAACCAUAAAAUCAAGAACUUGAUUAACGGAGGGGAUUUGGGUGAUCACACCCGAGCUGUUUUAAUCAACGCUUUGUAUUUCAAAGCGAACUGGUCGACCACUUUCGAAACUUCUAGGACUACGAAGGAAGAUUUCUAUAAACUGGGUACGGAAAAAGUACAAGUGGAUACCAUGCAUGAUACAUGGAACCGGAACUAUUAUGAAAGUCAAGAACUAGGUGCCAAAUUUAUAGAAAUACCGUUUGAAGGGAAUGAGGUUGUUUUUACCGUGGUACUACCGAACGAAAGGAACGGAUUGUCUGUUCUUGAAACUCAGUUGGAGAAGAUUUUCCCAGUCCCUUCUUACACCUGGGAGAAAGUUAGAAUAGCUUUACCCAAAUUCAAGAUUACAAGUACGAUAGAUUUGAAGACAAUCCUUCAGACGUUGGGUAUUAACAAGGUUUUUAAAGGUGAAGAAGCCGACCUAAGUGGAAUUGCCGGCAAUAAGGGAGAUCUUGUUGUCGAUCAAAUACAACAGAAGAGUUUUAUUGAUGUUAAUGAAAGUGGAGUGGAAGCAACAGCUGCUACUUACCUUCGUUUUGUCCCCUGUAGUCUUUCCUUGUCCCCUGAGGCACCACCGAAAGAGUUCAUAGCCGAUCAUCCCUUCAUCUUCUACAUUAAAGUGAAGGAUGUGGUGAUUUUCUCAGGAAGAGUUGUGGAUCCGAGUCAGUAAAAUUC